GGAUCCUGAGUUUGGAUCCUGAGCCACAGCUGGGGAAUCUCUCCUCUUCGCUAUAUGGAUAAAUAAUCUUCUCCAUCUGCAGCUGCUCUCAGUUUCAUCUGCUUCCUGCCCGAGGACGCGACAUGAAAUCGGCUGAAGAGGAUGCAUACGGCUUCACGCCAAACGUCAGUCUGUCCCUCACGCUGGGCAGCCCCUGUCUCCCGUCCCAGUACCACAGCCUCCAGUCCAGCCCGGUCAUAUCCGUGUCCGUCCCCGAGCCGCUCGGCUACGACGCCCAGGACGACCUGAGCGCCGGCGGUUACUACUCGUCCCCGAGCAGCCGGCCGAACGCAGCGCCGGCCCUGGAGAGCCCUCGCAUCGAGAUCACGGCGUACGGUCAGUUUCCCGAGGACGCGGUGGAGGAGAGCAGCCUUCCUGUUGCCAAGCGACUCAACUCCAUCGUGACCUUGACCCUUCCCAGUGGAGAAGGUUACCGCGACCCCAGCUGCCUGAGUCCGGCCAGCAGCAUCUCGUCUCGCAGCUGCCACUCCGACGCUUCCUACGAGUCAAACUUCUCCUACAACUACGACAACUCGCCCCAGAACUCGCCCUGGCAGUCGCCCUCCGUGUCCCCAGGGGGCUCCACCCUCGCCCUGCCGGGGGAGGGCUGUGCCGCCGGUGCCUCCCCCUCCACCUCGCCACGCACGAGUAUCACCGAUGACACCUGGAUGGGUCAGCGCGGCUCCAGGCCCAACUCCCCUUGUGGCGCAAAGAGGAAGUACAGCUUGAACGGCAGCAGGGCGCCGCACAAGCACUUCCCCUUCUCCCCCAGCCACUCCCCCGGCCUCUCCCCUCACACCUCCCCCCGCCUCAGCGUCACGGAGGAAAGCUGGCUUCCAAACACCAACCAGUACACCAACUCAGCCAUCCUGGCGGCCAUUAACGCCCUGACCACGGACGGAGUGGCCGACCUCGGGGAGGGGAUCCCCAUGAAGGCCAGGAAGACCAGCCUGGAGCACAAUCCCUCCGUCAGCCUGAAGGUGGAGCCAGGGAGCGAGGAGCUGAGUCACCUUCACGAUGACGAGCACUCGACUCGCAUGUUGAUGAAGAAGGAAGGAUACUGCGGCGGGUUCCUGGACGUGCCACAGCAUCCGUACCCCUGGUCCAAGCCAAAGCAAUAUGUAAGCCCGUCCCUGCCGGCUCUGGACUGGCAGCUGCCGUCCAGCUCGGGUCCGUUCAGCCUCCAGAUCGACGUCCAGCCCAAGUCCCACCACCGGGCCCACUACGAGACCGAGGGCAGCCGGGGGGCCGUGAAGGCCAUGGGGGGAGGACACCCCGUCAUCCAGCUCCACGGCUACAUGGAGAGCGAGCCUCUGACCCUGCAGCUGUUCAUCGGCACAGCUGACGACCGGCUGCUGAGGCCUCACGCCUUCUACCAGGUCCACCGCAUCACGGGCAAGACGGUGUCCACCCCGAGCCACGAGGCGCUGCACAACAACACCAAGGUGCUGGAGAUCCCGCUGCUGCCGGAGAACAACAUGAGGGCCAUAGUCGACUGCGCCGGGAUCCUGAAGCUGCGGAACUCGGACAUCGAGCUGCGGAAGGGCGAGACGGACAUCGGGCGCAAGAACACACGCGUGCGGAUGGUUUUCAGGAUUCACAUCAACCAGGCGACCGGGAGGACGCUGUCCCUGCAGGCGGCGUCCAACCCCAUCGAGUGCUCCCAGAGGUCGGCCCAGGAGCUGCCGCUGGUGGACAAGCAGAACCUGGAGACGUGUCCCGCCCACGGGGGGGCGAGGAUGCGCCUGGACGGACACAACUUCCAGCACGACUCCAAGGUGGUGUUCGUGGAGAAGGCUCAAGACGGUCAUCACCUCUGGGAGACUGAGGCCAAGCUCGAGAAAGACGCCUCCAAGCCUAAUUCGCUGCUGGUGGAGAUUCCUCCGUAUCGGAACCAGAGACUCUCGACUCCGGUUCACGUCAACUUCUACGUCUGCAACGGCAAAAGGAAACGAAGCCAGUAUCAGCAUUUCACCUACGUUCCUGCCAGCGCUCCAACCAUAAAGACGGAGCCGCACGACGACUUCGACGGCCCCCUGCUGUGCUCCACUGUGUCCCUGCACCCCAAGCCUUACUUCCCCCCGCAGGUCAUGACCCCCAUGAUGACCUCUGACCUCCGGUCGUGUGUCGUGGGCGGAGCUUACCCCGUCAGCCAGGAGAGACUGGCGGCCAAACCCUCCUCCUCCCCCCCGAGCUCCAGCCCCAAGCUGCACGACCUGUCGCCGUCACACUUCUCCAAGUGCCUCCCUGCCGGCCCCCCGGGGCCCCAGUCCCCGGCCCCCCACGUCUCCAUCAUCCAGGAGACCCCCGGGCGCUACCCGCUGCCCAGCCUCUACCCGCCCAGUAGCUCCUCCUCCUCCUCCUCCCCCACCUCGCUGCCCUCCACUCCGACCGACGGCCCCUUCUCUCCGGCCCCCCCGGGCAGCGGCAGCACCAGCCCGGACCCCCAGCCACGCCCCAAGGCGGCGGCGAGGGGGCGGGCCUCGCUGCAGGAGGACGGCAGCCCCCCCCCGCUGGCCGUCAGCAUCAAGCAGGAGCCACAGGAGCUGGACCAGAUGUACCUGGACGACGUCAACGAGAUCAUCAGGAACGACCUGUCCAGCAUCACGGUCCACAGCCACGCGUAG